GCAUUACGAUAGUGUUACAGUUCGAAUAGUAUAAAUUCUGAAAUAAAGGCAGUGAGAGUAAGUAACAUUAAGCGAUCGCAUAAACGCGUGCUAACUAUAUCGUUUUCAAUUUGAUUCGUGAGUUACGAGUGGAGUCGUAGACCUCAUCUUUGUUUAUACGUACGACAAUGACGAGUUCCUAAUCUCUUAUUUAAACGCCAAGCGUAGUUUUAUGAUGGAAGGAGGUGGGGUACUUACUGCAGAACGUAGUUCAGCACGUGCAAAUUUGCAUGUCGCAUUUACUGAGAAAGGAGAAGUAAAAGAACGUAGAGAAAAAUUCCUGACUGCCAAAUAUGGAUCUCAUCAGAUGUCCCUCAUUCGCAAAAGGCUUGCAGUGGAAAUGUGGUUGUUCGAUGAGCUAGAAAAAUUAUAUGAAUCAGUUAAUGAUAGUGGUAAAAAUCAAGAAGUUGAAAUUGAUAUAGAUGAACUUCUUGAUAUGGACAGUGAUGAUCAUAGACGAAGAUUUUUGCAAGAAUUACUGGUUGAUACGAAAAAGCCACCACACGAUGUAAAUAAAUUCAUUAAUGAUUUACUCGAAAAAGCUAAAACACUUUGAAGAACUUCUAUGUUCUUCUUAACACUUAUGUGUUUGCAAGGACUUUUUUGAAGCAUUAAUAAAUUUGCUCAGAUUUGGAACGAGUCAGACAUAUUCAAGCCUUAACGAGUUGCACACACACAACUCAAAUGCCAAUUUAUCAUUACUUGGAUAGAACUUAAUGGGGAAAACAUUAAAUGACUCUGCACAUUUUUAUUCUAGCGUGUAUUAUUUCAUAUUGAAAUCGUAAACAUUAGUAUCUGACUUAUCUCAGUACAAUGGCUAACUUUGUUAGUUAUUUGUGUGCGCAUCGCAUAUCAAGUAAUAAACCUCACAGUACACAAACUGUCUUGCUGUACGAUCCAUCCAAUGUGAUGUAUAGUAGAAAAGUUUGUUCUUCUACACUCUAGUUUUGUAUGCCUUCUAACUCCAUCAUUCGUAGUAAUAUUUAUGUUGUUAAGGAUUAACUAACAAUACUUCCAAACAUUGUAACUAUACCAAAUGAUUUCUAUACAUAUCCUAUGUUUAUUGAAUUAUUCCAACUAAGAAUACAAUUGGGUUAUAACAGUUAACGCGUCUAUGUUGUAGUAGUAUAAUAAAUUAAUGCAAUUUUAUUUAUUUUAGAAACUACUUUAAGGGAGUAAUAUGCAAAAUUUUGCAUCGAAUGCUUAUACGAACUAAAGAAGAAAUCUGUUUAAUAAUACUACAAAAGCGUGUAUGUUUCAGAUGAUUUUGUCACUGGCAUAGUAAUAAUUAAAACGUGGAAAUGACACCUAUUGUUGCUCCAGUACCGAAUCAGUAUUGAAAAUUAUCAC